GAACAGGAAGAAGUAGUCUACCGUUGAAACUACUCGCUUCUCUGUUGUCACACAGGGGUUAAAAAGUUACCUAAACUUUGUUGAGCAGCCAUGGAAACCAAUAUUGGACACACCAUCGACUCUGGUCAUCUUUAACGGAGACUCCGCGUUGAUGUUACCGAAACAACGGGUGGAAGUGGACGAGUAGGCUUUUUGUUCCGCUUUAACUAACUAAUUACAGGAGCCCACAGGCUAGCCCGGGCUAACGCUAACGUUAGCUUUUUUUUGUACCGCAUAUUUGCGGGUUUGGUGUUGUUUCUUAACUCUGUGGCUGGUGUAACCAAUAGGAAGUAACAGCGUUGGGUGCUCGUUGGUAUUCCACAGGCGCAACAAGUUGUUUUUUGUGCUUCUUGACUCGAGUAUUUCGGCUUGUGCUUUGAAUUUCCCUCCUUUGGCCAUACACACGGGCGGCUAGGCGAGGGGGUCGCUUGGCUGUGUACCAAAUUACUAGCAGACCUGUGCUAAUUGUGGCUAACUAGCUGAGAUAUUACCACUGGACCUUCGGGAAUACGCUUUCCCACCCAAGUUAGACAACAUUGCAGGGGAGAACCCCCGCUGCGCGUGUCAAUCUGUACGUCAAAUUCUUGGAAACGGAUUAAUCUACCAAUAUGGAUCAAAACACGGGAAGUUCAGCUUCAUUUGCUGGAUCCAAGAAAGAUAAGGACAAGGAUCGGAAAUCAAAGAAGAAGGACAAGGACGAGGAUGGAGAUGGGAAAAAGAAAUUUAAUCUCAAACGGCUGAUUCCAGAUGAGUUGGAGCGUCUCACCAGUAUGAGAACAAAAAAGGACAAGGAAAAACCUCUGCCUCCAAGUCAGCGACACUCUUCAGCUGCCAACUAUGAGAUCUCACCUCAAAGUGCUAUGCUCCAUGAGCAAAGUGAUGAAGAUAUCCUGGCACUCUUUGAAAAGAUGCUGGUGGACAUGAACCUGAAUGAGGAAAAGCAGCGACCGCUGAGGGAAAAACACAUAUCGAUUAAACGUGAGAUGGUCUCCCAAUACCUCCACACCUCUAAAGCUGGACAAGACCAAAGGGAGAGGUCCAAGUCAGCAGUAAUGUACAUCCAGGAGAUUAGAAUGGAGUACAGGGACCCACAGCAGCUGCUUACCUGUCUGGAGUCCUUGAGAGUCUCACUCAAUAACAACCCUGUCAGUUGGGUGCAGAAUUUUGGAGAUGAAGGCCUCCUGCUGCUUUUGAGUCUACUGAAACGACUUCAAGGCGAAAAAGAUGAUAACCUCCAAGCUAGAAAUAUGGGAUUCAAAUGUCAACAUGAGAUAAUUCGCUGUCUGAAGGCCUUCAUGAAUAACAUGUAUGGUAUAAAAUCCAUGUUGGGGACGGAAGAUGGGAUUCUUCUCCUGGUCAGAGCAAUGAACUACAAGGUGCCCAGCAUGAUGGUGGAUGCUGCCAAGCUACUUUCAGCCAUCUGUAUUUUGGAUCACCCUGACAACCUUCAUGAUCGCGUUUUGGAGGCCAUUACAGAGGAAGCUGAAAAACGGGACGCUGAGAGAUUUCAGCCUCUUAUAGAUGGGAUGCAGAGCAAUCACAUUGCUCUUAAGAGUGGAUGUAUGCUGCUGAUCAACGCCCUAAUCAGCCGGGCAGAGGAACUGGACUUUAGAAUCCAUAUUCGCUCUGAACUCUUAAGACUGGGACUCAGAGGACUCCUGAGUGAGAUCCGGGAGAUAGAAAAUGAGGAGCUUCAGGUGCAACUCAAUGUGUUUGAUGAGCAGGCCGAAGAUGACUCAGAUGACCUUAGAGGACGUCUUGAAGACAUCCGCAUAGAAAUGGAUGAUGUGAGGGAAGUGUUUGACAUCCUGGUCAACACAGUGAGGGAUUCCAAGGCUGAAGGUCACUUCCUGUCCCUGCUGCAACACCUGCUCCUGAUCCGUAACGAUUAUUUGGCCAGGCCUCAGUACUACAAGCUGAUAGAUGAGUGUAUUGCUCAGAUUGUGCUACACAAGAAUGGGUCAGACCCUGACUUCAAGUGCCGCAAGCUCCAUGUUGACAUCGAAGGUUUGAUAGACAACAUGGUGGACAAGACCAAAGUGGAAGUCAGUGAGGCCAAAGCAACAGAUCUGGCGAAGAAGCUGGAUGCAGAGCUGACAGCGCGCCACGAACUGCAGGUGGAGAAGAAUAAACUGGAGAGUGAUUAUGACCAAAAGGUGCAGGGCCUGCACCAAGAAAAGGAACAGCUGGCCUGUGCCAAACUGGAGCGAGAAAAGGAGAACCAGGUUCUGCAAGAACAACUGGGCUCUUUGAAAAACCAGAUCGAAAAACUGUCAAAGGAUCUGGAAGAAGCCAAAACAAAGGUGGUUACGGUUACUGUUCCUGUGCCAACACCCGGUGUGCCACCGCCUCCACCUCUUCCAGGACAGUCUGGUCUUGCACCUGUACCAAGCCACGCAAGUUUACCUGGUCCAGUUCCUCCCCCUCCACCCCCACCGCCUUUACCUGGGAUGCCACCACCUCCACCUCCUCCGCCUCUUCCCGGGAUGCCACCACCUCCACCUCCUCCGCCUCUUCCCGGGAUGCCACCACCUCCACCUCCUCCGCCUCUUCCCGGGAUGCCACUACCUCCACCUCCUCCGCCUCUUCCCGGCAUGCCAGGACCACCACCUCCUCCGCCUCUUCCAGGCAUGGGAGGACCACCACCUCCUCCGCCCUUACCAGGUGGUCCUGGUAUUCCUCCUCCACCACCAGGACCAGGUAUGCCUCCACCUCCGCCAGUAAACUGGGGUCCUCCUGCACCACCUUCACUACCCUUCGGGCUCCAGCCUAAAAAGGAAUACAAGCCAGAGGUCCAGUUGAAGAGGGCUAACUGGAGAAAGAUUGGAGCUGACGACCUGAGUGAAAACAGUUUCUGGACCAAGGCCAAUGAGGAAAAAUUUCAGAGCAGUGAACUGUUUGCCAAACUCACAUUAACUUUCUCAUCACAAACAACGCCCAAGGGUGGUAAGUGUAUUGCACACUGAUUUUCACACAUUUUCUCUUGCGCUUCUCUCUUUCUCUUAUAACCGAUGACACAGCAGGACUCCACACUAACUUUCUCAACUGGUUGCACUAGUGUGUCUAACCUUUUCAAUUAGGUGCAGGCAGAUGUUCACAUCUCCUUUAUUAGUACCAUGGUAUGUCUCUGAAACUCAGACUUUGGUCAUUUCCAGUGCAGAUUGACAUCAAUGUAAAUAGGAGUGAAGAUUUUGUGUCAUGAUACAUCAUCCUUCAUGUAUUCAAUAUUGAGAAAAUAUAAUUGACUUUCAUUCACAUUUUAGUAUUUCUUUCGUCCCCAAAUCACAAAAAUUGAUCACUUUUUAACACUUUUUAAAGUAUAGCUACGAAUGUUAACCAAAUUUACUAAAAUUACUGUAGCUAGUUGAAAAUGUUUUUGUGUGUGUCUGUCAUUUGGACAACUACCUUUCUUUGAAUACAUGGCAGUUGAAGGACAAAUGUUGGCAGUCUUUUCAUUCAGAUAAAAAGUGAUAUUUAUUACUGUGAAAUGUUACCAUUAAUAAAAGCAAAGCAGAGUAUUAUCUCCAAUCUGAGAAAUUCUGGGAUGUCUAGUUUCUACUCUGGUAGAAACUAUGUUUUUUCAGAAACAUGAAAUCAUUGGCAAUAUACCUGGACUAUGGCGCUCUGAUGUAUAGAAAAAAAUAUCUGUUUUUCUGUGUGUGUUUUCUUGACAUUAUCAAUAAAAGUUAUCAAAACUACAAACCUCAACAGAGAAAGAGAAGAUAUAGCCAGCAGCAUAAUCAACCAAGAAAGGAGUGCAAAUGACAGCUGCAGACUUUCUCACAUGGACGUAAUCAUCCAUAGUUGUUCAUCUGACGAUAUUAGCAUCACUGCCUGUUGUCAUGGAAACCAUUAUGGUAAAUGGACUGAACUUAUAUAGCGCGUUUCCAAUCAUUUUGACCACUCAAAGCGCUUUACACUGGAGUCACAUGCUCUAGCCACAGAACCACAGUAACCCCACUUUUAGCCAGAGUCAUGUUAGCACUUCAGUCAUGCUUAGUGUAACAAUGCUUGUGCAUUUGUCUUCAAGCAGUAACUGCACCAACUAAAGCAGUUUCAGAGAACCUGAAAUCUGAGCCAGAUGAUCGUAAUAAAAUGGCAGCAUCUUAGAUUAUCAUAAUCUUAAAUGAUUGUAAUAGUAUUAAUAUUUUUGAUACAAUCGUCCGGCCCGCUUCCUAGCAAAAACAAACAAACAAAAAAAACCUACACUGGUUGAAUUAUAUUCUACU